AUGAUAUCAUUUUCUCCUGAUACUAUUGACAAUAUCCCAAUGACGGAUUAUUUCCCAAGUUCUAUGGCAUGUUCACUGUGUCCAAAUUUUACUACAAGAGUGCGGUCUAUUCUAAUUCGUCAUUUGAAAGCACACCAAAGAAAACGAGAUAAUACAACUAAGGAAAUUGUGAAUCCAGUAACUUCUAAAAGAAAUUCAGGACCUAUGUUUGAAAAAACGAUAACUCAGAUAAAUUUUUUUUUUAAGGUUAAACGAGCCAUUGUAGAGCCACAUCCUCCAUUUAUAGAACUGAAUAAACAAAACGUAGAAGAAAAUAUUAUAGUUGAUGGACGUUCAAUGACUUUUAAAAACAAGUCAACGGAUAAAACAGUAAGUUUUACUUUUAAAAUAUUACGGCAUAUUUCAUUCCUUAGGAUAACCACACUACCAGAAAUUUCACUCAGAAUUAUAAUGAUGGAUAUUUUUCUAAAAAUAAUUUUCACCGAGGUGGUAUAAUAGAACGGCGAUUUUGAGAUUUUGAGAAAAAUCUGGAUAUAACAAGAGAAAUCUGGCAAACAAGUAGGGAAAACAAGAAAUUUGGUACAUGAAACAAAUAUUAUUAAAAUUAUAUUUUAGGCCUUUUUUAUUAUAUUCCAUAACAUGACAUAUCUAUUGCUGACAAAGCAUCGUUUAAUUUUAAUUCUGCUCGGAAUUGUUCUUCGUUACUAAAGUUUUAUCAUUGUUUAAAAGUAUAUAUUUAAAAACAUAUACCAGUUACUACACCUGACCCUUUUAUUAUAGGACAUAAUUUUUUAAAAUUAAAAAUCAUUCUAAAAAAUUGUUUAUUAUAUUUACUAUUAUUAGAAUCUUAUGUUUAUUAGUUAAUCAUUUUUAUUAUUCUGAUAACAAAAUUAGCAAAUUUUUGACCCACAGGAUUUCGCGAAAUUNAUGAUAUCAUUUUCUCCCGAUACUAUUGAUAAUAUCCCAAUGACGGAUUAUUUCCCAAGUCCAAUAAGAUGUUCACUGUGCCCAAAUUUUACUACAAAAGUGAGGUUUAAUUUAAUUCGACAUUUGAAAGCCCAUCAAAGAAAACUCGAUAAUACAACUAAGGAAAUUGUGAAUCCAGUAACUUCUAUUACAAAAUCAGGACCUAUGUUUGAUAAAACGACAACUCUAUCGGGCAGUUCAUUUGAAGCAACGAAUCCAGAAAAGGUAAUUAUUUGUUUUAGACAUUAAUAUUUCUUUUAAUUUUGAAAAUGUAUAAAGAAAAAUAAAAAAAAAAACAAUACUGAACAUGAGCCUAAAUUUUUUUUUUUAGGUUGAACGAGCUAUCGUAGAGCCAAAUCCUUUAUCUAUAGAACUGAAUAAACAAAAUGCAGAAGAAAAUAUUAUAGUUGAUGGACGUUCAAUGACUUUUAAAAACAAAUCGACGGGUAAAACAGUAAGUUUUCCUUUAAAAAUAUUACGGCAUUUAUAUUUCAUCUAGACAACUUUUCCAUCAUUAAUUUCGCUACAGUUUAUAAUAAUAUCAAUUUUUCUAAAAACAAUUUACACUGAGGUACUUUUGAGAGACCAUUUUAAGAUUUCUCAGAAGCCUUACUUGUAAGUGUGACAAUCCUAGAUAUAACAUGGAAAAUCAAGGGAAAAUGUUGGGAAAACAAAAAAGUUGGAACAUGAAACAAAUAUUAUUAAAAUUAUAUUUUAUGCCUAAUAUAUUAUUUUCCAUAAUAUUACUUAUCUAUCGUCGACAAAGCAUUGUUUAAUCUGUAUUCUAAUCAGAAUCGUUUUUCGUUACCAAUGUUUUAUUAUAGUUUAAAAGUAUGCAUUAAAUAACAUAUACCAGUGACUACAACCGACCAUAUAAAUGUAGAAGAUAGUUUGUUUUUAAAUAAAUAUAAUUCUAAAGUAAUUUCUAUCAUAUUUAGUAUCGUUUAGAUAUUAUGUAUAUAAGUUAAUCAUUUAUAUUAUUCUGAUAACAAAAUUAGCAAAUUUUUGACCCACAGGAUUUCGCGAAAUUACAAAAUAUUGCUGAAAAUAAAAAUAUGAUAUCAUUUUCUCCCGAUACUAUUGAUAAUAUCCCAAUGACGGAUUAUUUUCCAAGAUUUAUGGCAUGUUCACUGUGUCCAAAUUUUACUACAAGAGUGCGGUCUAUUUUAAUUCGUCAUUUGAAAGCCCACCAAAGAAAACGAGAUAAUACAUCUAAGGAAACUGUGAAUCCAGUAACUUCUAAAAGAAAUUCAGGACCUAUGAUUGAAAAAACGAUAAGUCUGUCGGCCAGUUCAAUUGAGUUUAUGAAUCCGGAAAAGGUAAUUAUUUGUUUUGGGCACUGCUUUUUCAUUCGAUUAAUAAUAUGUAUAAUAACAAAUAAAAAUUUAAAAAUACAAUUCUGAACAUUAGGUUAAAUAUUUUUGUUUAGGUUGAACGAGGUAUCGUACAGCAACAUUCUAAAGCUAUAGAAUUGAAUAAACAAAACGCAGAAAAAAAUGUUAUAGUUGAUGGAAGUUCAAUGACUUUUAAAAAUAAAUCGACGGGGAAAACAGUNUGA